AUGGGACCGCUUCUGAUGGUAGAGCAAGAAAGUGCGUCGGCGUCGGCGUCGGCGGCGGCACCUGUAGCCUGCUGUGCUCCGCAGCAGGCGCCGCCGGAGGACCGCCUGUCGCCGGCAGAGUUCCUCCCUGUGGCGGCCGAGAGCUGUGUCGCAGUGGCGGCCCUCCACGAUGCGGCCAUCGUGCACAAGGACGUGAAGCCUGCCAACUUCCUUGUCGCCGCCGACGGUCACCUGUGCAUGGGCGACCUGGGCGUUUCUGACGAUGCGUCGCACCACGCGCUCUCUGGCGCCGGCACGUGGUUCUUCCACGCCCCGGAGCAGCGGUGCAAGCUGACACGGUUGGGCAAGAUGCUCCAUGCCCUGCGUGUUGCAAUUGCCAACAUAGCAGAGAGGCUUGGCUUCCCCUGCGACAGCCGCCCGGUGGACGUGUGGGCGCUGGCAGUGACUUGGCUGGUGCUCUCACUGCCAGUUGACGAGGUGCUGAGGGUGGUGAAGGCGGCCCAUGCUGGGAAGCCUUUGCAGCUCCCCACCUACGUUCCUACGGCACUGGCCGACCUGCUGCAGCGCGGCAUGCUUGUGAAGCGCCCGUCAAAGCGCUUCACCAUCAGGCAGGUGAUGGCGCAUCCCUUCUUUGCAGGCGUGAGUUGGCCGCAGGCAGAGGCACGCCGUCUGUCGCUGCCCGACCUGAGGGCGCUGGCGGCCAUGGGCCGCGAGUACAUGCAGGCGGUUCAGUAG